GCAUCCACACUUAUUGAUACUGACAUGAGAAAUCGAACUCGUUUAUACAUUUGUUUCUUCUUUAACGGAAAAUUGAUUUCCAAUUUUCUACAAUAAUUUAUGAUGCUUCAUUCAUUUUAUCAGUUUACCGAAGUUUUAUCCAAUAUUACAUUAAAUACAUUUAUUCGAGGGUGAACUUAUUUAGGGUUGUUUGCUUUUGCGAAAUGGACGGUAAAUGGAAGGAGUUAUAACUAAAUAGAUAUAAGUAACAUUUAUAAUCUUUCUUAUUUUAUUAAAUUUUAACAAUGUUUAAUAAGUUGCUGUUUGGACGGAUAAUUACACAAAUACUAUGUGCAGCCAUAUGGCAUUGUUUAAAUCAUUAUGCUUAUCCAGAUGCAAUAUUUUUAGCAGAAAGAUUAUGUGCAGAAGUUGAUACAGAAGAAACUUUAUUCCUUUUGGCGACUUGUUAUUAUCGAUCAGGUCGAAUUAGGCAAGCUUAUGCGUUACUUUCUAAAAAAGCUCCAAGCUCUGCGCAGUGCAGAUUUCUGUUAGCGAAAUGUUGUUACGAUUUAGAAAAAUAUGCAGAGGCGGAAGCAGCCAUAAUAGGGGGAUAUUAUAAACAGUUGAAAAAUUUAGAGGAAAUUUCCACUCAGUUCGGCGAACAUGCUUGUUUUUCUCUUCAGAUUAUAGCAAAAAUUUAUUAUAAAAUGAUGCGUACCUCAAAGGGAAAUGAUGCCCAUAAAUUGGCUUUAAAGUUAAAUCCAUUUCUUUGGCAUUCGUUUGAAGAAUUAUGCAACGUCGGCGAAGUGGUAGAUCCUGCUAAAGUUUUUCAGUUAGAUAAGUUAGACAAUUUUGCCAUGUGCCAUGGUAGUACACCUACUCCUAAUUACGCGACCGAAUCUGAUCUCAUUCUACCUAUUAAUAAUUCGAAUGGCACACCUACGAUAAAUGGCAUUAAUGUAACUCCUGGACAAAUGACAACAGCAUCGACUAUAAUAAAUGGCAUAGGUUCUGGUAUACGGUUAUAUUCUUCCAUAGAUGAAAGUCCCCAAAGUUUACAUUAUAGUAAUUGCUCUUCGAUAUCACCAAGGGCUAAACUUCCACGAUACCGUAGUAUGUUUAGUAACACGAUGAGUCCUCUUACUCCGAGUUUUGGUAUCUUACCACUGGAAAGCAAUACACCUGAACCAACAGUUUUACCUUCGCAUACGACUCUUACAGAAGCUAACGAUCAGAAAAGUUUAGCGAAACGUGUUAGUAGUUUAAGGGCUCAUGUUGGGCAAUUAAUGUCAAGGAAAGAUACACCUUUGCAACAAGGAAAACCAGUAUUUUCACAAUCUGGAAAUACCAGUAACAGCGCGAAUAUUGUAACAGUAACGCCUACUACCCCAACACCGACACCACCAACACUACAAGGUACUAACGUCAGACGUUCAUCCCGACUCUUCAGCCAUAGCUACUCGGUUAAGGAAAAUAAUAAAUCUCCAAACAGAAAUAAAUUUGCCACUCCUAAGUCUCCAUCUCGGAAGACGAAAGCCAGACUUUCGAAAACUAAUUUAAACAAAACUAAUUUUAACGAAUUAAAUGAGAGAAAUCGAAACGAGAAAGAGAAAAGUGAAACUAUUACAUCAGAAAAGGCUGUAGCUAGUGUAAAUGCUUUAAAUAAUCAAAGCAAUGCUAAUAUUUGUGCGGUAACGCUUCAAAAACAAUGUGCUGAAGGUUUAAUGUCACUGUUACGUGAGUUAGGAAUGGCGUAUCAACACUUGAGUCAAUUUAAUUGUACCCAAGCUGUCGAGAUACUAAGUGUUCUUCCAGCACAACAUUAUAACACAGGCUGGGUACUUUCCAUGUUAGCUCGUGCACACUUUGAAAUGGUAGAUUAUAAGAAAGCUGCUAGUUAUUUUUCUGAAGUGAGACAUUUGGAACCUCAAAGGACUGAACUUAUGGAAAUUUAUAGCACUGUUUUGUGGCAUUUACAUGCUGAAGUGCAAUUAUCCACUCUUGCACAAGAACUUGUUUCCGAGGAUCGUAAUUCACCGGCUGCUUGGUGUUCAACGGGAAAUUUAUUUUCUGCACAAACAGAACACGAGACAGCAAUUAAAUUCUUCCAAAGAGCUAUUCAGGUAGAUCCAAACUUCCCGUAUGCCUAUACGCUACUUGGCCAUGAAUAUGUGAUGACAGAAGAAUUGGAUAAGGCCAUUACUGCGUUUCGCAAUGCCAUUAGGCUCGAUCCUAGGCAUUACAAUGCAUGGUUUGGAUUGGGAACAAUAUUCUCGAAACAGGAACAAUACAGUUUGGCAGAAUUGCAUUUUAAACGUGCAUUACAAAUAAAUCCACAAAAUUCAGCGAUAAUGUGCCACAUAGGUGUUGUACAACAUGCAUUAAAGAAAACUGACCAAGCUUUAAAGACUUUGAAUACCGCAAUUGCAAACGAUCCCGACAAUACUUUAUGCAAAUUUCAUCGUGCGACUAUAAACUUUUCAAUUGGUCGGCACACCGAAGCGCUUAGGGAAUUUGAAGAAUUAAAAAAUAUUGUACCCAAAGAGUCUCUAGUCUAUUAUUCGAUAGGAAAGGUACAUAAAAAGUUGGGUAAUACGCAUCUUGCGUUAAUGUAUUUUAGUUGGGCGACAGAUCUGGACCCAAAAGGUGUUAACAGUCAAAUUAAAGAAGCUAUAUCGAGUCCGGGUCAAGGUGACGAAGAAUCUCCGACUCCUCAGUCAGACGAACAACAGUUGCAAAAUAAUUCAAUGGAACAAGAGAUUGAAACUAAUAGAGAAGGAAGUGCCGCUGGCUUGGCCGCAAAUGCAUCAGUGGAAGCUCAUGCCGACGAUAGCGACGAUAGUUUAUGAAGAUAUCCAACUGUGUGCAAAAUUGCUAUAAAAUGAAGCAUUAUUGCGCGUUGCUAUUCGUAUUGAUCGGUUUGAUCCAUUUCUUCGAUUCAUACUUUUCGCGUGCACUCGACAAUUUCAUUUGAAUUACCGCUUUCUCGUUAGACUUUUUUUGAUAUUCGUAUCUUUCUUAAUCUCAUAGUUGCAUCCUUUGAAAAAUUUAGAACUCUAUUUUUUUCACGUUUUUCUGAAUUACUCUUUUUUAAAAAGAAAAGAAAAGAGGGAAAUACUUUCAAAACGAUCGGUGUUCUCUAAAAGAAAGAGAAAUUCCGCGAAACAUCCGUUUCAUCGAUUUGUACAUUACGCGUUUCUCUGUAUAUUUUUUUAUGAUUAUUUAUCUUAUUUUUUUAUAUAUAUAUAUAUACAUACAUCCAUACACAUACAUACAUAAAUAAUAGUGUUUAGUCACACUUUCGUUAAGGAUUUACGGUUCAGUACAGACUGUAUUGUAUGAAUGAGUGUAAACACAUAAGCAUGUCGUAAGUAGAUAGGAAAUAUAAUUAAUUAAUUAAGUGAAAUAAGUAAGAAGAAAGUGUAAAUGUAAAUUAUUAUUAAUAUUAUUAUUAUUAUUGUAUUAUCAAUGUUAUUAUCAUUAGUGCUAUCAGUACUAUUAUCCAUCUAAUUACCGUUGUUGAUUUAGUGAUUACGAAAACUAUUUUUGGCCAUGUGGAUGGCCAUUGGACGAUCGUGCAAUUCUCGUCAUGAAGUAUACACUCAUUGAUGGGUCAAUCUUGAUCGGAACUGAUAUCAUAUAAAAAUUGUACGCGUUAUCUCACUGGGAAAAAACAUACCAUGGACGAGUGGAAAAAAUUAAUUCAUAUUCGAAACUGUUGAGCAAAGUGUCUCAAAAGUCUAUCGCAUAUCUUUAUCGAUGAAACCCUGCUAUUGUUCUAAAUAAAUGUAUUCUACAAUUAUGAAUUCGCUGUAUAAUAAUUGAUCAAUUAUUUCUAUUAAUUUAACUUUACAUUGUCCAACAUUAUCUCCUCUCUUAUCACAUAGUUUGACAAUCUUUUUUCUGAUAAUCAUUCAAAUGUUUUCUUUCUUUCCUUCUUUAUAAUAUAUCUACUUUUUCGUUUGGGCGAUUCAAUAAAUUUCUGCUAUAGACUUUAUUUGAGACCCCAUUGUUCAUCGAAUUAUUUCGUACUGCAUGCGACCAAAAAUCUCUGUAUCGUUGCACAAUGUUCAUGAAAAUACUAAAUGCGUUAACGUGUUACCAGAAUUUAUACUUAGACUUAUAUUAUUCUCUUGGUAGAAUGAUAACGUUGCAAGAAAUUGUUUUAUCGGGAAGGUAGCAUUUUAUAUUGCAUAAGAAAGGAAAGAAAAAGAUGAUGAAAAGAACAGAGACGAAAUGGCUGAUUUAAAAUUUUAUGUGUGUAUAAUAUAUAUACGGUAUAUAUUUUUUCUUUAAUUAAAGCGUAUUUUAACUGUUCAAACUUUAUAUAUUGUUUAUAAGGAUUGAUUUCCUUAUGAGUUCUUAACACGUUCUUUGGUUUUACACCUGCUAUGAAAUUUCGAAUAAUUUUAAUUUAAUUUAAACUAUAAAUGAUAAUUUAUUGAUAUUUAAAGAACUGAAAACGAGCUGUAUUUUCUUUUAAGAUUUCUGUAAGUAGAGAGAUCAGAAUUUUGUUUUUUGUCUUACAGAAAGUCUGGUCAGAGGUAUUUAAUCAGAGAAAUGUGUAUUUAAUAAGGCUGAUAAGUAGACUUUUAAUAAUUUUUUCCAAAGAAUUGAAUAAUUAUAUGGGUUUAAGUAAAGAUACGCUUUUUCUUUCUUUCAUUUUACAUCCUUGUUUUCUUUCUUCUUUUUUAGUUUAAUGUUAUUUAUUUGAGCCAUGUAAGUUUAAUAUUUCAUAACUUGUUCAAAUAUCAUUAGCACGAUGUGUAUUCAUAUUUUUGUUAUGUAACUGUCGUUAUCAUGGAUGCUAUUUAAGUCAGUGUUUGCUCGAUGGAAGUAAAAGGUGGACGUUUUGCGACAUUUCUGUGUGAAUUGUAGUAAUUAGGAAAAGAAAUGUAUUUAUUUCCCUCUA